AAAUCGCAAACUCUUGUGGUCGUCUGGCGUGCCGACUAAACAAAAUUUAUCGACAUAUCGUUAUCAGUGUUAGGUAUGGAGUCGGCAUCACCAUCCGCAUCAAAACCAACACCAGCACCUUAUGGCAUUGUUCCAGGUUGCUACGUUUCUAUGUACCUUAAAGGCCGCGGUGUUCUUGUUGGAGAGUUAUAUGCUCCCCCUGAACAGGAGGAUCGUAUAGGAGAUCGCUUUUAUGUAAUGUUGCCGAAUGGUAAUCUUUUACUUGCGAAACUCCAACUCAUCAAAACUCCAAAGAAGAGUAAUUUGAAGGAGAGCCGCUAUUUUAUACAAGUAGGACCAGACCGAUUUGUAUCAGAACUUCUUCAAAAUGUGCAAAUUGAUAACCCUGGUCGCGUUAUGUUAACAAGGAGAUUCUCUGAUGAGCCUAACAGAAUUCUUUUUCUUUGGGGAACUCUGGGUUACCUGUUACCUGACGCUGCUCCUCCUGUAUGGGCACGAAAUAUUUAUCCUCGUCAUUAUAAAAAGGAAAAUUAACUACAUUUUUUUAUUUUCCUGUGGUCUAUGAAUUAAGAAAGCUUUCAAGGAUAUAUGCGGUUUUCUUCAGCUUGUUUU